AUGGAGCCGCGGCGCCCACCAGAGUACAUUCUCGAGGUCUUUGCAGAUCCGACCUGCGUCAAGGAUGUUGUGAAAGGCAUUCUACAUACUAUCUUCUUUCAUCGUUUCUUCCCUUCUAUCCGGCCCCGCACCUGGGAUUUACUUGACCUAACACUUCCCAUCGUCGACGAUGCCGAGCUUGAGACUCUGAUUGACCAACGAGCCGCCGCCUUGAUCCGUCAAAUUGAUACUACAUCCAACUUAUCAUCUGCGAGCGUGCGCGGCCAAAUUACCGUGCAGUUCUUCGAGAAACGCCGGCGAAAGGCUUGGUUCUCGACCAAAGCUGAAGAAGAGGUAUGCUGGGAGAUGUGGACGUUGGAUGUCACGCUGGCCACGCCACGAACCGAGUCUGAACGCCUCAAAGUGCGCAAGGCUAUGGAGAUGAUGCUCCAAAUGACAGCAAUGAAGAUUAUUAGCAUCGUCAAUCGUGACAAGGACCACAUUCCACCAAUUACAACCAGCGAAUCCAACCCGUUCCCUUACCAGAUUGCCAUCAACCCGAAGCUUGAUGGGUGGGGAACGCGGAUCGGCAUUUUCUAG